AUGAGCCCAAAGCCCCGCUAGGCCCCUGGGAUGGCGUGCAGUGCUUGUUACUACCUGGUAAUCAGCUCCACACACCUGAGCAAUGGACACUUUCGGCGCGUCAAGGGAGUCUUCAGAGGACCGCUGUGUCCAAACUCAGCCAGUGAUUCCCCGGAGUGUGCAGAGAGAGCUUUGGGCUGCUCAGUGGAGGAUCUGAAGGCUCUUUUCUACUGUGAGCUGUGUGACAAGCAGUACCUCAGACACCAGGAGUUUGACAACCACAUCAACUCCUAUGACCAUGCACACAAACAGAGGCUGAAGGAACUUAAGCACAGGGAGUUUGCUCGAAACGUGGCCUCAAAAUCAUGGAAGGACCAGCGCAAGCAGGAUAAGGCUCUCAGACGCCUGCAUCAGCUCGCACAGCUGCAACAGGAAACCCAGCGAUUCCCAGGAACAACUUCUGGACAUCGAAGUGCAGUCAAGGCAGUGAGACAGCAGGAAGACAGAGAAGUGGACCAAACAGACCGCAGUCCUGAGGUCAAACCUGAACAAUUCAGCCGUACCCAGAGACCCCCUCCUAUGCAGCCCAGGACAUACGGCCUCAACCACCAACCAGAAGAUCCAUGGCAAUCUCCUCCCCAGAUACCACCAGUCGCUCCUCUAGCAGAGUUUCCACUAAUCACACAUCUGGCAUCCAAUACUGACCCUGCAAUGAAUCCCCACUCUUACCUGGAUUCGUAUCCCCAGCUGCCCCUCCCUAUGCGGGGGACAGCGGGAGGCAGGCUUGGGGUGUCCUUCUGCUUCUCACGCAGGGGUCCAAGGCUUGAGCCUUCUGCCUCUGUCUUCUCGGAUAUGGAGGAGGAGGAGAGAGAGAAGAGGGAAAAAAUGAAAGAAAGGAUAAAGGGGAUGAUGGAAGAUAUUGACAGGGAAACUGGGGCAGCAGAGAAGGGGAACAACAGUAAGAGUGAAAAGCCUGAGUCCAGAUCUGACACUGUUAGACCAAGCGACGCAGGGCCAAUCCCCAGAGAAGCUCUCAGGGAGGAAAAAGAGAUUGAAAGAGCAGUCAUAGUAAAAGCACACUCGACUAUUUCCACAGCAAUACCUGAUAAUCAGUGUCAUGAUUUACUCUUUUUGCCAUCACACAACCAGCUGGCCGUGCGGGGCACAGCACCAGCAGGGGAACACAUGGAGCCUGAGCAUACAGACAGCGAGACAGAGAAAAAGCUAAAAACAGAGGGUGGGAGGGAGGAGAGUGAGUAUAUGUGUGUGCUGGGGAAAGAUGACUCUACCCGUCUGAGAUGGCCUGUCAGUUUGCUUAAGUUCACUAACUUGCAACCACCCAUCUCAUACAGUUGCAACCCACUCAGUUUGAACCCACAACAACCCGAACAACUCACAGAGAAUGUGCAAGAGUCUCAACAAAAUCAGUGUGCUCCUUCAGAUGAAUCAGAUCUUUGUGUGCCAGCUAUUCUUACACCAGGUUCUCCUUCCUGUUUGCAGAGACAGACAAGACAAAAGCGGAAAGCACAAAGACAUAAAGUUACGGAUAAUUUCAAGGCAGAGCAACAUAUUGAUGCGGAGACAGAAGCACACCUGUUCAAAAAAAUGUCUUUGUCAGAAACAAGACCAGUAAAAGGGAGAUGCGUACCAAGUAUGGAGAACUGUGUGAAGGCAGCUUCCCAUCCAUUUGACCCCUCUCAUGGUGACAGCUCUUACACAAACUCCCAGAAUCCUCUGGGAGGCAGAUUAGGGGGUGUGAGAGGGAUAAGGGAGAGAGCGAUCAUAGCCCUGAGCUGUAAAUUAGAGUCUGUCACCCAGCCUAGCACACUGAGGAUGUGCAUUAGACCGUCCAGGUGUGAGUGUGGGAGUGAGACAAUGUGCAAGUGUGCCAGCGCUCCACAGCCGCACGGGGGUGUCUCAGAAGUGUCAAGCAAAAAGAGGAAAGCCAGCACAAAGAAACACAAGUUGGGAAAGAGGAAGAGGGGAAAGAAGGAAAAGGCUUCAAACAAGCGCCAAUCAUCAAGGUGCAAAGUGAGGAGUGUUGUCUCUACAGUCUCCACUGGCAGAGAGAGGAGUGUAGAAGCUGGAGGGAGCUGGGGAAAGAAAAGGAGGCUGAGGGAGACAGGGGAGGCGAGGAUGAGGAGGGUGCAGAGAGCAGGGAGCAGCUGUCUCCUGGGGAGUUGUGAAGCUGAGCCAGUAUCUGUCUCUGUCAGGCAGAGGACGCCUCACAGGAGCCACAGCACUGAAUCGCAGUCACAGGCAGACAGAGAGCAGGCAGAGCGCUGCAGUGCCUUCUCCCAGCUCGGCAGACACUCAGCCAGCAGACACAACAAGGGGGAAGAAAAGCGAGACGGUGGUGAUUUGACUUUUCCCAGGCGAUCUCACUUCUCCUUACACUCCUUCUCACCAGGAUGUAACUCAAAGCUGUUUUGGAAAAGGGGUCACCAUAGCAACCCCAGGAGUUUCAUUGACUGCUGUUACCCUGACAACAGCUGUGGUUGCAGCCCUGCGAGAAAGAGAAAACUCCUCCACAGGGACAGGAAAUUCAUUCAUAGUAAGAGGAAGAGUUCGAGGCAUUGUGAAGUCUGGAAGGAGACAGGUGGGGAAAGGAGAAUAGGAGGGAGUACACGUUUUAGAGACAUGGAUCUGAUUUCAGAUACAGAACAGUGGGAGUGGAUGAGGGAGAGCUAUGGUGCAGAUAGUGUGGAGGGCAGGUCAAGGAAUGAGUGGCGAAACAGAGCAGUGGAGUGGGAUGGGGUGGCGAGGUUUAGCCCCAGUCCCAGCAGCUGGGGCAGGAGAGGUAGACGUCUUAGCACAGAAGAUGUAGACUGGGACAUGUGCAGUGUGGACAGAUGGACAUGGGGCAGUAGUGACAGCUGGGAAGACAGGGGGACCCACAGAUCCAGGUCAGGCUCCAGGACAGGGGCAGAUAGCAGGGACAGCCCAGGCUGUGUAUGGAAAUCUGCAGGGACCCGACGCUCCAGCCCGAGGCACAUCUCCAGUCCUGAGUGGUGGACGUGUAGGCAGACGAACAGCCCCCAGAGUGUGAUCAACACACGGGCCAGCAGAUGCCUCAGUCCGCGCUCCUGCAGCCCUUGCAGCAGCACUAGCAUGUCCGAGCUGAGCUGGGAGUGGAGCAGGAGCAGUACCUGCUCAGGAGCCACAGUGGAUGGGUUAAAAGUAAGCUCGUCUACGACAUCCUCGGGAACCACAAGACUCUCAUCUGAGGUCCCUCGGAAGGCAGAGAACCCCACAUUAACUUCAUCCAGCCUUACCUCUUGCUCAUUAUCUCAUUCCUCGCCCACCAGAUCAUCUUUUGCUCCCACCGUCAUGAGCACCAACACACACCAUUGUGUCACAAGCGCUUCUCAGCUGAACGAGCCCAGUUCAGAGUCUGAACUUCACCAUGAACCUUUGGCCGUUGUCAACACAAGCAGGUCGACUCCUCCAGGACUUUCCACUAAGUCUUUACCACAGAAAGCAGCCAGGGUGUUGCUUCUCCCUCUCAUAGGGAAACUACCUGCAAUCCAGAGAAAGGCCAGGAGGAAAAAAGGGCUGCCGGAUAAAAGUCUGGAGAAAGACGGAAAAGAGAAAGAUGAGGCCAAGGGCAGUGGACUGAAUCCUGGCACAAUUGCCCACAGUCAGAAAUGUCCUCUGGACAUGGUCGAGUCAAACCCCAGCAGCACACCAAAUCUCUGCCUCUCGCAGAUUAGGACUGAUAACAAGCAGACAGGGGGAGAGACCGCUCCGCCAAUCAGCUUUACUGCAGAGGAGAUGGACAAAUAUCGCCUCCUGCAAGAGCAGGCAAGAGAGCACAUGCAGAAAAUCCUGGAACAGAUGAACGAGGGCGCAGAUACACACACAAAGACAAACUACACACAAACAACACAAACAGAGAACCGUGGGACUUCUGAGGGACAAUAUACACCUGCACACUUACACAACCCUUCACUGCCUCAUACCCAGUCCCUUCACACAGACACGCUGCAAACACAAGCACAGCACACACUCCAGGUCAGUCUCCCCCCUCCACAUGUGACCCCACAAGAGAACUUUAGUCAACCUAUGGCUCUGAGGGUCCCUAACCUCCCCCCUCUUUCCAGCCUCCAUCAUAUUAUUUUACAACACGCAGCCCUCUCCAUGCCCCCAUCAUCCUCUUCCUCCUCAUCAAGAUCUCCUGCCAUCCACCCUCACGCCGCUCAGCUCCCUCUCCCUCUGCAACCUCUCCACCCCUCUCACCCUCAUCACCUUCACCUCUCUCCCUUCUCUACAUCCUCCCUGUUUCCCUCCAUUCUGCUGUCCCAUCAUCCAAUUGCUUUUCUCCCACAGUCCCCAACUUUCCAUGCAAACACUCUCUCCCAAGUAGCCCUGCAACCGUUGAACCCACAGUCUUUCAUGGACAGAGCGUGGCCAGUGAGGUUUCAACAGAAGGCGUUGUGAUUUUCACAGAGUGGCUGCCAUGUUUAUUAAUCUUUCUUGGCAAUCAGAAUUGUGGGAGAAAGUGAGGGAAUAUUUGAUUUGGACAAAAGCCUGCAGUUUGAAAGGGGGAUGUGUCAGUGCUUUUACUAGAAUUAACUUCAAUUCCCUUUUGCAUAUGCCCCCACACACGCGCAUGCAUGAAUACACAGAAUUGGCCCUACUUUUGGCUGUGUUCGAAUAAAAAUGUGUUCCUCCAUCUAGCCUAUCCUGUGUUUCAGCAGACAUUGAGAAAAACGGACUUUGAUCCUUUACUUUUUCCAUCAUUCCUCAUUCAUGCCCAGAAUAAAGGGAAAGGUGCACCUGGUAUUCAAAGACAAGCUGGGCUUGUGUCAUCCUCUCUUUAUCCUUCUGAACCACAGACAGACCAGCUACCCUUUGAAGUAUCCUUCAUGCCAGGGACAGAGGGACAAGAAAGAGUGAUAAUUCUCUCUCCUUAUCUCCAUUUCAUACAGGUUAUCUGAGUUAGAGUGUGACAUUCAACAAACAUAAAUAAGGUUUCAGCAACUGGGGGUCAUAGCCAAGCCGUUUUAACCUUGGUGUGUACUGUAUUUGUGUGUGUCAGGGUGUGCAUACGUUAGAGGUAAUUCUAGACUGACACACAUACACAGUAGAAAAGACAACUCAUUUCCAUAUCUGACACAUGUAAAGACCUGUUUUGUCUCUAUAGUGUAAAUAUUCUGAAAGUGAGUAAUAACAUUAGAAACA